UUCGCUCAUACUCAAAGGCGAGCUGUCGGCCCAGCGCUGAGACCUUGGGCUGCGUUCGUCUGCUGUUCGGGAGAACGGGGCAGCCCUCAAUGGAUUGACAUAAUAGGGAUUUACAUUUCAACUCAGCGUCGUGCUCCAGAAAUGCUUUAAACGGUAGCGGGGCUGGGAAAGCGGCGGUGCCCGAACCUCUGCUUGUCCGUGCUGGUAUCAUGCCCAUGCAUUACAGCCUGGAGGAGAUUGAACCAAGCAGCCGUCUAUAUUUACCGAGCAGGGAAACCAAUACAGGUCUCACUGGAGCGAUUAUUUGCGGUCCAGGCAGUCCAACUCUCCCUCUCUGCUGUCUCUGCGGUGAUGAGCUGCAGUUUCCUACACCUGUCAUAAUUUGCAAUUAAAGCACAAUUUCUAACAGAAUAAAUAACUUACGCUUCUUUUUUUUUUUUUUGAGCAAGAGAUCAUCCAUUACCUGGCUCCCAUGCUGGCUGCCAGAGGUCCCUUCUUUUACACCCUCAGCCAUGCCUGCCUCUACCAAAACAACUAGGAGACAGACACCUGCUCAGAGAAAAAAUGCCAAGAAAGGGACCAGCAUCAGGAGCCAAACCUUUAACUCCCACAAAACACCAGCAGAAUCUACAAGGUCAACAGCAAGAGCCAAUCAGACUAAGUCAGGCCGGAGUCCACGUGGAAGCGGGAAGGAUCCAGGGGGGUCCCCUGGCAGAGGUCGCCACGCCGUAAAUGUAACAGGAUCUGCUCGUCUUAGACGGUCAAACAGUCUGCCCGACAACCCCCUCGGGCAGAGGAAGUCCCAAAGGGGAACGCAAGUGUCUGUUGCUCCCUGCCAGUCUCCUAAAGCGUGCACAGAAGGGAAAAACAGCAGGAGGGGGAGCAGAGGGAGAAGAGCUGCAUCCAGACAACGAAAUACAAGAAACAAGCCCUCAAGCAUCCGCAUCAACAAUCCUUCUGAUGGUGAAGAAAAUGAGAAAACGGACAACAGAGAAUCUCCCGGAAUUCCUGAUGAGGGUGGUGUUGAAGAUGCAACAAAUCUUGAGCCUAACGACGCUGCAGAGGGCAGCUCUAAAGCUGACGCUCAUUAUGACAAUGUGCAGCACAGCUGUGUCAGUCUUAAAACUGAAGACAACACGUCUUUUAGCAAUAAUGGUGAAUGUGGUUUAAAGCAAGCUGCUGUGGCUGCAGUUUGUGACAACAGUGAUGGGCGGCAAGGGGAUGGAUGUGGAGAUCAUGCCUCUGGCCUCUCAGAGUUAACAGGCAGCGGCUCGUCGGAUGCGUUGUGCAGCGUUGAGAAAGAUGACACUUCAUCUGUUCUUGGUAAAGAGUCUGAACAUCUUGUCAGCAGUGGUAAGCAAGAUGAUGGGGACGCUGUCCAAGCAGAGGUGGGUGAAGAGCUGGACAUGAUAGCAAGCAGGACAGAUGAAAGGGAGUUAGUGGCCACAGGAAAAGAUGGGGAGAGCCCGGAAGCAGAGACGGGGGUUGAGAGGCCAUCCGAAAUGAUAGAGAAGGAAGAAAUUGCUGUGAAGAUUGGUAGUGGCGAGAGUGAAGACCUUGAGGAAAAGGAGACCCAAACCAGCACUCCAAUCUUUGAAAGAACUGAUCCGCCGCAUUGUAACCCACUUUCUGUCGAGUCGGAGUCACCUGUGCAUGUAUGCUCCAACACAGCUACCUCAAGUCCCGCCAAAGCUCUCUCUGCCUCAGAUCCAUGUGAGCUGAAGGUCGUAAGCCGGGAAAAGACCAUUUUUCAACCUACAGUUGAAGGUGCUAAACCUUUAUAUGCAGGGUCCUCAACUAUUCCUGAUGCAGCUCUGAGCGUGCAGACUGUUAUUGUGACUAGAAAUACACCGGUCAUUAUCUGUCGGGAAUCCCUGCAACCAAGGAGUCUGUGGGAUUCUAACCGAAGAGAAAAAUCCGCUACUGGUGGAGAGAGGCAAGCUUGCACACCCGCAGAGACCAAAGAUGAAUGUGACAAAAUUACAGAGCAGCAAAGUGCGACGUCUUUCCCCUCCUGUUCACCACUUUCCGAAACUAACACCAAAUCCAUCGCAGGAACACAAGAACCAAACCUCAUUGUGGUCGACGUUCAGUCAGCAAUGCCAGAGUAUGACCCAGUGCCAAAGAUCGCGAUUCCCUCUGUAGACAGCAGCUCCACUUUGUCCUACAGCUCGGAAAGCACACGCUCCUCGUUUUCCUGUGACACAGAGUCAGAGACAGGGUACGGGGAAGCCGGCCUCUCCGCUCUACCCGGAUCCUGGCAGCCAGAGGGGACGGGCUCACUCUCCUACCCAGCUCUGAAACCACAGAGGAAGGGGAAGAAGAAGCGCAGCAGGUGUGGGGCGUGCGAGCCAUGCCUCAAGAAGAUUAACUGUGGCCAGUGCAGCUGCUGCCUCAAUCGCACGACUGGCCAUCAGAUCUGCAAGCUUAGGAAGUGUGUGGAGCUAAAGAGGAGAAGGCCAUCUGUAAUCAGUCAAUGUGACGUACAGGUGGCUCCAAAAAUCGGCUCGAUAAAUGGCAAAGGCAAGGCACCGAUGGAGGAUACCCACACAGCAAUGGAGGAGAAUGAGGAAGUGGAUGGCCGCAUACCUCAUACUCAAUCUCCAGUCAUUGUCCAGUCCAUCACCAAUCAAGGCGGACAGUUGGCACUUAUCAAAAGAGAGUCAGAGUUGGACUUGACCAAUGGUGCACUUCACCAACACAUAUGCUCUUCUGUGACUUAUCAGAAUACUUCUGAUGAGACUUUAACUAAGCCUUAUGGUGCUAACAUGACCAACGGGUCUCAGUCUGAUCUGAAAUCAGUUUGUAAAAAGGCCACAAUGGCAUCAGAGCUUCAAAGGACUAUAAUCGCAGCAAUUCCAAAAGACAGCUCUGAGAAUGGGUCUAAGACGUCUGUAGACGAAAUGUCAGUUCCACUAAAGAAGAUCAAACUGGAAAAGCCAUGGCUGUGGAUCACUGAGCAGACCCCCUCGCAACUAAGUAAAGUAAAUGAUGAUACGUGCGAAGAUCCAUUGUCGAUGCUAGCAGCGGUUGUAUGCUUGUCUGUCACAGAGAGGAAGGGACUGGAAGAGAAACUACUUGGGACGCAGUCCUCCAUUUUUCGCUCCAUCAAAACAGAACCACCAGAUUUGCACUUUGUCAAAACAGAAAAAGAUGAGUUUAAAAAAAGCACUCCUGCUAAUUUGCAAAGGACUCCUCAAUCUGUCAAAAGUGAACCUCCUCAGGGUGUCCUGCUACCCAGUGUGCAGACUUUGGCAGAGCGAAGAAACCUUAGUGUUGAUCAGGCUAUCGCCAUUGAGGCCUUGACUCAACUGGCAGUUAUACCUCAGAGCCCCUCAGGUCCCAUUAAAGCUGAAAUUAAUAGUGAUUUUCCAAUUUCUUCCUGUUCCCCAAAUUUGAACCCAAUUUCUCCUCAGCCAGGAGCUAAACCUCCAUCAGGCAUCCACUACAAUAAAGUCUCCGUCAUCAGCUCACCACUGAACCAGACGUCAGUGAUACGCCCUCCUGUGGCCAGACAGGGGAAUGUCAUCCAAUGCUCCCGUAGGUUGAGUUGCGACACAGAACCUUCUAUGCCAAGUAGAGGCUCAAGCUGCAGGGAGACAGAGCAGGCUCCUUAUGUCAUAAAUUCUCAGCAUCAGUAUAAGGAGAACAUUCACCUAGAGUCCCACGGCAAUCACGAACAGUUGGUGGAGGGCAGAGAAAGGUGUGUCAUUAAAGUGGGGAGAAACAGGGAUGAGGAGGAAGUGGCAGCUCAAUUGGCCGAUCUGGCCUUCAUCAUCCAGUUACGACACAAUCAGAAGUCAGAGAACGGCCAACCAAAGGGAACACCUGUUUCAGCUAUAAAAUAUAACUACCAAUCCCAGCAAGCUGCUUCUCAGAGAAAGCCUCCCUUAAAAAAGGUAAAAACUACACCCUCCAAGCCCAGGAAGAGGAAAAGCGACGGACCACAGGAGGGAGUCAGUCGUAGGACCCCGUUCUCAAAAGGUCUGAUGGAUGGGAAGACAUCCCAUAAAGGCAGAGGCCAGAAUGGCCUUCUCCAUGGAAAAUCAAACCGUGUCCAUAAGGACCAUUUAUUUUUGCCUCUGGCUCAAAUUGAUUUGAAGAAAUACUCUGCUGAGGCUCAUGAGGCAAAGAGACAACUAAUCCAUCAAACCAAUGCUCAUAACACAAGUCUGUUAACUAUGAACCACAACGGUGCUCAUCAAAACCAGCCAUGGCCUCUUUCUAAUGGUCUGCCUUACCAACACAAUCACUGCAAUGGUUUCAUUGCAGGACCAGAGGAGGGCCAUGUUUCUUCUCAGGUAGCGCCACCUAUUGGUGAGCUGCAGCACGGUGCAAGUCCUAACACCAGCCCUACAAAACCACCUUUUCUCAGCAAUGUGAAUGGGCUCCAUGUUGUGGCUAAUGGCUUUUCAGGGCCUCCUGAUUCCCCUCCUCCAAGCCAACAGAGCUACUACAAAAUAGAGACAUCAGGGUCGGUCACCGUCCUGUCCACAGCUGCUGAUGGGACUCAUCCUGCUGAGUCGACUCCGACGAGAAAUGGCGUCAAUAGUUUUCUGGACUCUCCAAUGAGUUUUCUAGAUACCCCUAUCAAGAACCUGCUCAGCACACCAUCCAAAAAAAUUGCAGAUCUUCCAUCCUGCCAGUGUGUGGACCAAAUCAUUGAAAAGGAGGAAGGCCCUUACUAUACUCAUCUUGGUGCAGGACCCAAUGUUGCUGCUGUGAGGGAAAUGAUGGAAAACAGAUAUGGUGCCAAAGGAAAUGCAGUGAGGGUGGAAGUUGUUGUUUACACUGGGAAAGAAGGAAAGAGCUCCCAGGGGUGUCCCAUAGCUAAAUGGGUGAUCCGGCGUGGGAGCGAGGAGGAGAAGCUCCUGUGUUUGGUCCGCCAAAGGCCAGGACAUCACUGCGAGACAGCUGUGUUGGUGAUCCUGAUACUAGCAUGGGAGGGAAUCCCUCGACCGGUGGCGGAUCACCUUUAUCAGGACCUCACAGAGACCCUCUUUAAAUACGGCUCCCCUACCAGUCGACGAUGCGCCCUAAACGAAGACCGCACCUGUGCAUGUCAGGGUUUGGACCCAGACACAUGUGGAGCCUCGUUUUCCUUCGGCUGUUCCUGGAGUAUGUACUUCAACGGGUGCAAGUUUGCACGCAGCAAAGUGCCCCGCAAGUUUCGCCUUCUUGGAGACCUUCGGGAGGAGGAAGAGAAGAUCGAGAACAGCCUUCAGAGUUUGGCCACUGAUCUUGCUCCACUCUACAAAAAACUGGCUCCCGCUGCGUUCCAGAACCAGGUUGAGUAUGAAGCAGCCGGGGACGCUUGCCGCCUCGGUAGGAAGGAGGGACGUCCUUUUUCAGGAGUCACGGCUUGUGUGGAUUUCUGUGCACAUGCUCACAAAGACACCAGCAACAUGAACAACGGCAGCACCGUGGUAUGUACUUUAACACGGGAAGAUAACCGUGCGGUGCGAAACAUACCCGAGGAUGAACAGCUCCAUGUGCUCCCCCUCUACAAGAUCUCUGAAAAAGAUGAGUUUGGUCAGGUCGAAGGCCAGUGGGCCAAGAUCCGGAGCGGUGCUUUACACGUUCUCUCCUCUUUUCCCAGAGAGGUGCGCCUGCUGGCUGAGCCCGUGAAAUCUGCCCGCAAGAUAAGACAGGAAGCUCGUCUAAAGGCUCAGGCAGAAAAGAUGGAGAAGAAGCUGGGGGGGUCUUCUGUCACUCCUGGAAAAGUCAAAUCUGAAACCCCAAAUAAAGAGCCUCAAGGCAUCUACAGCCCUUACAAAGUACCACUAAGGCCGGCCAGUGUUGGCAAAUCCUCUCCAGAGAGAAAUCAACCCACUGCCUACAGCCAGAGCAUCAGCAGCUGCUUUUCUGCAGGUGCCGGGGCCACUGCACAGAAGGAGGUGUUCCCCUCCAACCACCAUGGUAUAUCAAAGCUCCAAUUGGAGCAGAACGGCAUAGCUUACGGCUAUCAUACAGUGGGUAAUAAUAUGAGUGGAUUGACUCAUGCUUUUGGAGAGCAUGGUGCUUUGUUAGAACAUAUACCUCCACAGAACAUCAACAAUGAAUAUCCCUUUAAAGCUGAGCCCAACGAGGUGCACUGCUCUACUCUGCACAGAUUGUCCCCCUCCUCCCUCUCCCCUAGACCUACCUCUGAGGGCCUCUUCAGCAGGCUUAAUGGACUUCAACCUGCAGAACAUGUAGCAGGAGAGGUAAGGAGCCAUGACCUCCCUCCAGGCCAUUCUCUCCCCUUACAAACUCCUCCGCAAAACAUGCAACAGGAAGAGGUAUGGUCCGACAGCGAGCACAACUUUCUGGACGAGCAUAUAGGCGGAGUCGCUGUGGCGCCAUCACACGGCUCGAUUCUGAUCGAGUGUGCGCGGCGUGAGCUCCACGCUACCACUCCCAUCCUCAAGCCUAACCGCCGCCACCCCACCCGCAUUUCGUUGGUCUUCUACCAGCACAAAUCCCUGAAUGAGCCGGGCCACGGUAUGGCGAUGUGGGACGCCAAGAUGGCAAAACGAGAGCGGGAUCGGGAGGAGGAGGCUGAGAGACUGAGAAUGGAGGGAAACAACAGUGCAGGGAAGAACAGAAAAACAUCAGGUGGCGUAGAGGGAGAGGAGGAUGAGGAGACAGAGGAGUCAAAAAGGGUAAUGAAUGUCCCAACGCGUCAGGCUUUAACUACGCCUACAGGUGGCGUUACAACCGUGUCUCCUUACGCACUUACACGCGUGACAGGCCCUUACAAUCGCUGGUCUUAGUCUGGGUGUUUAACCAGACUCACUCAAAACUCCUACACCGUGGUUCUGCCUUACCUCAUUCAGCUUCUAACCGCUUCUCUCAUUGUUAUCGUGUCUGGGUUUUUUUUACUGUGCUUUUCUAAUGUCUGCUGACUUUGUCCUUCUUGGAGUCUGCCCUGUUUGGUAAUGAGAAGGACCAAAGUUUGUUGGCUUUUUAACUGUGAGUUUCGGUGCUGGUUUUUAAUGUAAAAAGAUGGUGCUUUGAAGCAAGAUGUUUUUAAACUGGUUUUAUACACAUGAUUUAGAAGAAAAAAAAAGAUGUGAUUAUUUAUUCUUAUCAUAACGAUUUCUAUUUAAUUUCUGACGUAAGCCUGUUUACUGCAAGAUGUCUAUAUUACCCUGCUUUAUAUUGUACACUAAUGGUGUACUUUGGUGCCAUUCUCACUGUAACCGUGGUUAAGCAACUUCUUUACGUCACACAGUUUAUUUACUACAGAUUGUCACAUGUAGCAUUUUUGCUUGUUCCUUUAGCUGCCUCCGUCUUCUCUCAGUGGUUGAAGAGAGAAAUGUUCUUCUUUUAUUUGUUUUCUGUCUUCUUUCCUCAAAAUAUUUCAUUUCUUCAAUUCACAGCUAUAGAUGGCAUAUUAAGAAGCACUUUUUUAAUUUCUCUUAACUUAAAAAACAGUGCAUAGGCCUAAAUAUGUAUGUACUGACAGAUACAAUAGAGUAAAUAUGACAGCUAAGCAUUAUUUUACAGUACAGUUAUUUUACUGUUUUAUUUUACACUAUUUCUGCAUUAAUUUCCUUUUUAUUUAGUUUAUAAAAUAUUGCACAUGUGUCUAAUGAAAUUUAGUAGUCGCCACAAUGAUGGAACAUGAGAAACUGCAGGGGAUUGUUAGUUAUCAGCUUGACUAGAGCCGGUCCAAGGCCGUUUUCAGGUGCUAAACAGAGUGUGAAUUGGGCCCUUUCUCUAGCUACUACCUGUCACCAAAGCUCAACCACUGUUUGCUUUUAAAGUACAAAUUUUACUCUCAUGCGAUACUCUCAUACGACGGGGCGAGCAUGUAGGACGGACUUCCGUAAACAUAUUACCAAAAUGAUUGACAAUUAGGAGGACCACUUAUUUAGAUGAUCCACCCAGAAAUAAAAGAUUGUCCUCUCUAUACCAUUAAGUCAUGUUUUAUAACGUGUGCAUUAACUAUUGAUGUUAUCAUGGAUCCAACAGUAAGAAGUAAA